GUAUCUACAGUGCAUUCGCGAAGUAAACACGCAUUUUGUUUGGCAGCAAACAGAACAAUAGGUAAUGACAAUGGCGCAACUUGCUGUAUUAAUUCUUCUAGUUGCUACCACUGCAAUCACUUUAGCUCAGAGGCCUUUCUACGCUGGCUCACGACCGAUUGGUUACCCGGCUAUGCAAACCGGCUCAUUUCUCCAACAGAUUCGGAGAGGACGCACAGUUCGAGAAACUAUAGGAGAUGUAAACCUAAUAAACAGUAUAGAGAGCAUGCCCAUAGAUAACAGACCUUUUUGGUACUCGAACCGGCGAGACUACGAAGCUAUGAGGAGGCAGACACCCACAGACAUUGCCACAGAACAAUUUUAUUAGCUAAAAAAAGGAAUCUUUAUAUCAUUCAAAGAAGCGAAUAAUAUUGAAAGAUUUUGUGGUUUAUAAUAACAGAAAACCAAAGAGUUGGUUAUUUUGAUUUUUCGCAGAUAUUUUUCCGUGUGUGAAAAAAAUGUAAGUAGUAACCUAACGCUCAAUAAAAGUCUUUCGAAAGUAACUCGACCAAAUUAAAUAAAAAAUCAUUAAAUAAAGUUUCGUGCAUUAACCCAUU